AGUACCAAGGAACCUGUUUUUGCACGGCCGGUGUCAGUGGAACGGAGCGCUAGCGGGUGCAUACAAGCAAUGCUAUGCUUGGCCGCAGAGAAGGAAAGCUCUGCUGCUCCGAAGUUGUCGUUGCGGUCGCGUGGAACGAAUGAGAGACAAGCAGAACGGGACACGGAAGCCGUGUGCCCCGAUGUCUACGUCAUCCGUUCCCGCCGUCCCAGCCACUUCGGACACGUGGCACGACAUGAUGAUAAUGGUGACGACGGUGAUGAUCACGAUGAUGGUGACGAUUACGGUGGUGACGUUGAUCUGGACGACGAUGUUGCUGAUGAUGAUGACGAUGUUGAUGACGAUGGUGAUGUUGAUGAUGAUGUUGGUGAUGAUGAUGAUGGUGAUGAUGACGAUGAUGAUGAUGACGAUGAUGACGACGAUGACGACGAUGUUGAUGAUGACGAUGACAACGAAGAUGACGAUGGUGGUGAUUUUGAUGACGGCGACGAUGUCGAUGAUGAUGAUGAUGUUGUUGAUGACGUUGAUGAUAUUGAUGAUGAUGUUGAUGAUAAUGUUGAUGAUGAUGACGAUGUUGAUGACGUUGAUGAUGUUAAUGAUGAUGUUGUUGAUGAUGAUGAUAAUGUUGAUGAAGAUGAUGAUGAUCACGAUGACAAUGAUGGUGAUGAUGAUAAUGAUGAUGAUGAUGAUGAUGAUGACGAUGAUGAUGGUGGCGACAAUGAUGGUGAUGAUGGAGGUGAUGAUGAUGAUGAUGAUGGCAAGCAAGAAUCAUGGGGCCGCUCGCGAGGAAAGAACGAGCGGGAAUCAGAAGGGGACACAGAAACCAUUUCUUCGACGACGGCAAAGCACACACGAUGGCGCAACUGUUCGACAAGGGCUCAGCGCAGACGGCGGUGGCCACUUGCUGACGCAGGACGCAGAGACGAGAUGUCGAAGCGCGGACAACUGAAGCAUAGACGACAGUUGUCGAUGAGAGGAAACCCCUGCACCCUUGCCGCCGCCGCCUGGCGCAACAGCGGAGCAGAAAAGGCGAUGGAGGAUGUCGCUGACGGGACGUCGCGCGCGAAUGCGCUCGUCAUGGUCGAGAUGCGAAAGGGCUGCACCAGACCCGAGGCAGCUGAGCCUCAGACUCUCGUCGCACCCCAUGGAAAGACCCGCCUGUGUUGCGUGAUGGAGGGGACCUUCUCGACACCACGGGUCUUCGAGUCGAUCUUCUCGACACCACAGGCCAUGAGUGCCGAGACGCACAUUCGCUUAGCAGAACCUUUUCGUCCUUGUGCGAAAUCCGUGCAGCAUUUCAACGGUGUGACAACGAUCCACGGAGCGACCGCAGAGGACUUUGACGAGGACCCAUGGAUGACCGUCGUCCCGUGCAUGGACGCGCAUCUGGACGACUGGGGCGAGGGCAAUUGGGACAAUAUGGAGAGUCACUGCCCUUGGGCAAGCCAUUACAAGUUCGCGAAUAUGUUGGAGUUCGGGGACCUCAUCCCACUGCCUGACGACGUCCUCGGACAUAAGUUCCUGAACCAUAUGCGCAAAGCACUAAGCUGCAUUAGCCGCUAUUUCAACAAUAUGUCUUCGUCCAGGGGCGAAGGGGAGCCUGCAGCGACCUCCGGGAUGGGAUCUGGGAAAGAUUCUACAAAACGGUCGUCUACGACCUCGAGGACGUGGUCCGACCACGCUAGGUCAAAAUGGUUCGUCGACUGGUGCUGUGGGGAUGCAUCAAACCCAGUGCAACAGCCGUGUGGUCCUGUGAUCUUCGUCGAAGCCAACAAGUGGCGUAGGGUGCUGAGGGUCGUCUUGCGGUGGGAGAAUGCGAAAGGCAGUCGUCGACGGUUCUACAUGAAAAAUGUCUACGGUGCGAAGGGGUACGUCGUCGCUGGUGCCAAGGGGGCGAUUCUAGACAUGUGUCUGUUCGAGGGGUUCGGAGCGGGUGCUGCGAACACCCCGUUCUACAACGACCUUCGGCGACAGGGCGGGUUUGUUUUGGGUCGAGAGUUCUUUGACUUGUUGGAGGACAAGGACAUCGCCCUCGACGUCCCUUGCGAAGUCGACCCCGACUUGGAACUGUCAAUGCCUUUGCAGCAGUGCGGCGGUUCGGAUCCCGGAGAAGAGGGAGUCCUGUGUGGGUCUGACUUGGAGCUCGCCAAGGGUCAUGGCGCGGAAGGCGAGGCCGUGGGCGGGAAGGGAGCGCAAGGCACUCCCCAAAAAAAGAGGGGAGAAUGUCAAGAAGAGUUGGUGGGCUCUUCGAAGAAACAGAAGACCAAGACCCCAAGGACUGCGGGAGAGAAACGGAAGGGGAGGGGGGUGGAAGAGGGCCACUCGGGUAGCAAACGUCCAACUUCGAAACAUAAACAGCCUGAGUCGGGACCUUCUACACCACGGCCUGCCAUCGACGUGGACGCCGGGUACUUCCUGGAGUACAAAGACGGCGUCAGGACAAGGCGGGAGUUUGAGAUCAGCCUGGCUCAGAUCUUCGACAUAAGGGAGUGGGAGGAUCUUUACAACCAGCGGUCGCUAGAUCCCGUCCUCAUGGAAACGAUAAGGGAAGCAAUGCGGUCUGCGUUCGAAAAUAAAGAACAGACGUACGAGUUGCCGGUUCUCAAGCUCGCACCACUGGGGCUUCAAAAACCAACUCCUGGGACCAAGGCACAACGUCUGAAGCCGGAGGAGUGGAAGGAUGAGCUGGCGGGAGAAUACUACUACUACGCGGUGUGCGGGCAACACAACGCGGCUGCAGCCAGGUCACUGCUCGGCAGCGAGGUGGCCAAGAAGUACAAUUUCGAGCGGUCGCCGGCACGGAUGGUGUACUUUUCCGACGAUGACUUCGAAGGGUAUUUUCUUGUUAGUUCACAGGACAAUAAGAAGGACCUCAAGGCACCUCCCAGACAAUUGAAACUUUCUAUGAAAGACAUUCGAUGGCAGUGGAAGCAUGACGGCUGCCCAAGAGUUGUGAUGGGGAACCCUAGCGGGAAACAAGAUCAGGUCCGGGAUUGGCAGGCGGACAUCAGGGGCGCAGAGCUGAAGGAGGCAGUGACUGCCACAAAGAGCCACACGUUCGUCCUCGAUCUGUGCGAGCCGGUUGACCUCAAACUGUGGAAGCCCCAAGCGUGGGAGACUUUGAAUUCCUAUUUUCAUACGUGGUGUCCCUUGCAUUGGACUCUCGUUGUUUUCGUGCCGCGGCAGCACAACCUGUCGUUUCUCGCCAGCAUGCACCAUCUUUCUUUCGUCAAGCUGUUKGAAGGGAAGUGGGUGCRGAGAGUGCAGCAAAAAAAAAGCUUCCCCAUUGGGAACAAUUUGUACACGGAGGAAGACCGCAUGUACAUCCUCUUCAAGGGUGACGAUCUGCGCGUCAACACGUCCGUGGUCUACGAGGGAAACCUGCCCAGGGGUGCCGCUGCUGCGGUGCGAUUGCCUCAGAGGGUCACCCAGACGGAUGUGUCCGAGAUUCCUUUCACGCCUUGCGACUGGUCGCUGGUGGCACCUGAACGACAGGGCAGCGUCUACGGGGAUAUGGAAUGCAAUUCGACACAAUUCGUCGGUCUUUUUGAUUUUCUUGGCAAGAAGGGAGAGGGUGUCGUGUUUCUUGGGAAACCGCACGCGCGAAGCGUCUGGGAGCUUCGAAAGGCCGGUCGGCACGUUGUCGCAAUGGAAGGGAACUCCGACCUCUUGCAAUUCACGAUGCAGGUGGUGAAAAGUGAGGUCAAUUCGGGUGGGCACAAUUAUGAGUUCAUGGUCGUGAGGCCAACACGGGAUAAGGUGUGGAGCAACAAGACGGAUAUGAGGGACACUGACGCCGAGUACAUCUGCCGGAAGGACCACGUGUUGACACUGCUCGACAACUACCACUUCGCCUCCGGCAUGAAUGCGAAGACCUUUAUCGAAAGGCUGCAGUCGCUUGACUUCGUGGAGUCAGAGGAGCAGUUGAAGUUAGCCAGUUACGCUUCCCUGAUCUCCACUGACGACGAGGAAGCCAUAGGUGUGGAGUCUGUCGCCAACGCGAAGGAGGAGGAGAGCGACACGGAGAGCAUCAACCUGCAGUACGACCCGCCUCCGGCGGACCACGGCCGAGGGUCCUCGUCGGCCGGUCUAUCACCAAGCGCUGCAGCCCUCGUGUCACCAUUGGCCAAACCGGCGCCGGGCACCAUGCCGAUGAAGUUGCUGGAGAGACUUAGAGCUCUGGCCGCCCCCUCGCCCGCUUUGCGUCCCGGGUCCGUCGUCCCGCCCGAUCAUCCGUCUUGGAAGGAUGACAACAUCCACUUCCUGCUUGAACCGCAACGUCAUUCACCUGAGCUGGACUGGGGCCAUGACAUGGUUUGGCAUCCGGGAGUCAUCCAGCCAGUAAUACGAAAUGGCGAGUGGGUCAUGGCCGUGGCAAUCCCGGGCGCGGGAUGGGUGUCAUUCCCACGCGAGUCGAAGUCCAACUUCCUUCACCUCGCGAGGAUUUCGGUCCUCCAGAAAGUGAAGGUCGAAAAUGACACUUUUGCACACGUCGACCUGUCCCUCAUUUCCACUGCCGGUCGACUGUUCGACGAGCUUCAGGACAAGUGCUGGUUGAAAUUGACGGAGGACUACUACGAGCUUGACACGAGUCCGUCGAAGGGCGUGGUGGACUGGAAAGUGCCCCCUCCCAGUGGGUCGGACGGUGGUUCUGGGGGGGGUCACCUGGAAGCGGAGGGGAUGGGGGUGGCGACGCAGGGGGUGGCAAAGGAAUCCCGCCUAUGGGGGAGAGAGGGUCUCACGGCCGCAACACGACACCAGGCAGCGCCGAGGUGGCGGGCUUCGCCCAUUGCGGCGGGGGACGGAGACGUCGGAAAGGUGUCUCCUGAGCGGGAGCGACGGCCGCAAGGAUUGCAGUGGGAGGCUGCAAGUGCAAGGUCCUGCGACACGGAGACCACGAAGUCCGCCGAGAUCCGAACUUCUUCGGGCGGGGUUUGUCGGCCACGGAUGAGAGGGGCAGCGUGCACGGGGACGGAAGGGCGGUCCUCGAGAUUCAGCACGGGUACCGCGAAAGGGGACGAGUUUCGUGGGAGGGAAGAAGGGGAGAAAAUGGAGGAACAGAAGGGAGCGCAAGAAGGGGAGGAAGAAGGGGAAGAAGAGGUGGAAGGGGAGGAAGCGGGAUAAAUAGAGCUAAUUGAUUUGUUUGAAGGAAGGGAGGGUGUCGGGUCUGGAGAAGACGAAGUGGAACACAGUGAGGACAAUGCCGGAUCUGGAGAGUCGUCUGACGAGUUCGGACAACUGUACGGAGAGCAUCACGAGGAUGAUGUCGACGACGAUGCCACGACAAUA